CAUGGCCUUCUUCUACCUCCUCCUUCUCUCUUCCAUAGCUCUCUCCGACGCCGCCGGAUGGGUUGGAGUUAACUACGGUCGAAUCGCCGAUGACCUCCCUCCGCCGGAGAAAGUGGUUAAGCUUCUGAAAGACCAAGGAAUCGACCGAAUCAAGCUCUACGACACCGACUCCGCCGUCCUCACCGCCCUAGCCAACUCCAAUAUCUCCGUCGUUGUUGCACUUCCGAACGAGCUUCUCUCCUCCGCCGCCGCCGCCGCCGCCGCCGAUUCUUCCUUCACUGACAACUGGGUCCAAUCCAGCAUCUCCCAUUUCUAUCCCAGCACCAAAAUCGACGCCAUCGCCGUCGGCAACGAGGUCUUCGUCGACCCAAACAACACCACCAAAUUCCUCAUCCCCGCCAUGAAAAACGUCUACACCUCCCUCCAAAAAUACAACCUCCAUAACUCCAUUAAAAUCUCAUCCCCCAUUGCCCUAACCGCCCUCGCUUCCUCCUUCCCAACAUCCUCCGGUUCCUUCAAACAAGACCUGAUCGAGCCAGUCAUCAAACCCAUGCUCGCCUUCCUCCGCCAAACCCAAUCCUAUCUAAUGGUUAACGCCUACCCUUUCUUCGCCUACGCCUCUAACUCCGACAAGAUCUCUCUUGACUACGCUCUGUUCCGGGACAACCCCGGAGUUCUCGACUCCGGUAAUGGGCUGAAAUACUCCAGUCUUUUCGAGGCGCAAAUCGACGCCGUUUUUGCUGCCAUGUCGGCUCUUAAAUACGACGACGUUAAGGUCGUGGUUACGGAAACUGGGUGGCCGUCCAAAGGGGAUGAGAAGGACGUGGGAGCAAGUGGGGAGAAUGCGGCGUCGUAUAACGGCAAUUUAGUGAAGAGAGUGCUGACGGGGCGUGGGACCCCUUUGAGACCUAAUGACUCACUCAACGUCUUCCUCUUCGCUUUAUUCAAUGAGAAUCGGAAACCGGGCCCCACUUCUGAGAGGAAUUACGGUUUGUUUUACCCGAACCAGCAGCGCGUUUAUGACAUUCCUCUGACACGCGCCGACGUGGAGAGUGGAUCUCCAACGAUGGUGAAUGGUGGUAGCAAAGCUCAAGUGCCGUCGUCGAAAGGGCAGACGUGGUGUGUAGCCAAUGGGAAGACAGCGGCGGAGAAGCUACAGGCAGGGUUGGAUUAUGCGUGUGGAGAGGGAGGAGCUGAUUGCCGUCCGAUUCAACCAGGUUCCACGUGUUACAAUCCGAACUCAGUGGAGGCACACGCUUCGUACGCUUUCAAUAGCUAUUACCAGAAGAUGGCUCGUGCGUCUGGCACGUGUGACUUUGGAGGUGCUGCUUACGUCGUUAGUCAACCUCCACAGUACGGAAAAUGCGAGUUUCCGACAGGGAAUUGAGUUGGGACAGCUGCGGAAAGUGGUCGAAAUCAUCAUCAUUAUCAGUAUUUUAAUUUCAUUUAGUGAGAUAAAACUGACUUUUUUUAUUUGAUGUUAUUUUUUUUUUUAAAUUUAGAAUUAUAAUAUAUUAUUUUGUAUGUAAUACUUGAAUAUUUAAUAUUAAAGUUAUUAAUGGGAAUUUACCUGAUCAA